AUGAAGUUCCAGUCCCUUCUUGCAGGAGCAGCCUGCCUUCUGCCAGCCGGUAAGUCCAGCGAGGCUGGUGCAUUCCAUGUACUCCAUAAGUCACAAGUGACCCCCAUACUGACGCUGUGGACAGUGUCCCUGGUGGACGCCGCAAAGACCGCCCAAUUCAGACCCCCGAACGGAGGAGACGUUAGAUUCCGGGUGAAUAUACCCACAUCCACAGCCGCGACGAAGAAAGGAUCGAUUUACUUCCAGAUCCGAGCACCGAGCAGCGUAGAAUGGGUUGGACUAGGCCAGGGCAGCGAAAUGACCGGCUCAAACAUCUUCAUGUUAUACUCGGCAGCAACUCCCAGCAAUGUCACACUCUCUCCCCGAGCAGGACUCGGAGAGUUCAUGCCGGAACACAACUCCCGGGCACAGGUCACCCUUCUCAAUGGCAGUGGCAUCACUGAGGGACGUAUGGUGGCCAAUGUUCGCUGCGACAACUGCUUGAAGUGGGAAGGGGGAAGCAUGGAUCCAACAGACGCAGCUAGUUCGUGGAUCUGGGCUGUCAAACUGGGUGCAUCUAUCAAGUCGAAUGAUGUUGCAAAGAGUUUGAUGAUACAUGACAACAUGGGAGCGUUCAACUUGGAUUUGACCCAGGCCGUGGGAGAUGACGAGGACGGCAACCCGUUUGGCUCUGAUAACGCGAAUACCCCUGACUCAGGCUCGGCUGGUACAGUGGUGUCUGAUGGAGGACGCAUUGCGAGACGGUCUGCCCAUGGACUGAUCAUGUCGAUUCUCUUCUUGCUGAUGUUCCCGUCUUUUGCUCUAACUCUGCAUCUUGUUCCCAGCAAGAACACCGUUACUCACAUCCACGCCCCUCUCCAGAUAGUCUCGCUCAUUGCUGCGGUUGUCGGAUUCUCCCUUGGAAUCAGCCUGGCCAGAGACCUGAACAAGAUCAACUCCACCCACGCCGUCAUAGGCAUCAUCAUCAUGACCUGGGUCAUUCUCCUGCAGCCUGCGCUGGGUCUGCUUCAGCACCUUCAUUUCAAGAAGACCGGCACUCGCGCUGUUCACGGCAUUCUCCAUGCCUGGCUGGGACGAUGCGUGUUUAUCCUUGCUGUCAUCAACGGUGGACUAGGACUGAGGCUCAGUGGAAUAGGAAACCCCGGUGUCCCUCGAGCCGGUGUCAUUGCAUACUGCAUCAUAGCAGCUAUAAUGGCGGCUGUUUACAUCUCAGUCGUUCUGUUUAUGUCGAAGAAGCCCAAGCCAGCAGCCACCACCAUUGGAACCAAUCAAGAGGUGAAAGGAAGUGCAGUUGAGCUUGUCGAUAGGUAUUGA